AUGGCCCAGGUGGAGGGCGCGCAAGAGUUCCCAAAGCCUCGUCGCUUUUCUCCGAAGCAAGUGUUGGUGAAGAGGAUUGGUGGCCAUGUAGAACUGUUCAUUACGCAGGCAAUAUUGAAGGUUAACGGAGACGAGUUUCCAGAGGACCCGACUAUAAUUGGACAUGCUUGCAUUCCAAUAGAGAGAACCAAAGAAAAGGCUGCAAAGUUGUCUUACGAAGAAAAACACGGUGCUGGACUGAGGAUUGAAGAUGGACAAGUAUACACUGUUCACGGCAUCUGCAGAGGAGGAGAUGAAAUACCUCUACUUUUUGCGACAAUGAAAAAGAAACGAGAGGAUUACGUAUUCGAGAAAUUGAGGAGCUUCUUAGAAACAGCCAAUCCAGAGUUAGCUGAUCCACAACUUCGCUUUGUGGUGGACUUCGAGCUCGUGUCUGCUUCGCUACUCGAAGAACGUCACAUCACAGACCCCAAGUUUGGGUUGGAAAGACGAAUAGCCUCGGCACCUUUACUUCCCCAAAGGCAACGGACGAAGCGGGCGAGUGGUACGCUGGUGAAAGACACUGAAAAGACUCCCGUUCCUCCCACGAGAUUGCUUUCACCCCGUCAGCGCGUUAAGGGCACCACUCGUGAACCAGCGACAUUCUGCAUUCCAACAGUGCAGAAAAUUUCUGGAGUACUUGCACCAGAACGCUCCAGGCCCUAUGCAUACAUGUGGUGCAAGUACCUGGUUCAUGAAUAA